AAAUAACGGGGAAGUAAUGGGGACUGAAGACCAAGGAGAAAACCUGAAGGCUUGGUGGCGCCAUGGUGUUCACGCUUUCCGGUCCCUGCCCGCUCCACAUUAUCUUCAGUUUCCCCACCGGGGCGCUUAGGCUGCGGCUCGGGCGGAAGUGCCUUGCAGCGGUGGAGCGCUGCGGCUCGGGCGGAAGUGCCUUGCCGCGUGGUCCUCAGAGGCUGUGGUGGUGGCUGAAGGGACGGCCCGGGAGCUCAGGGUUGGCCUGGUUGCCGGCAACGCCAUCAGUCAUGUUCCCCAUCAGGCCCAGCAGCCCCGUCGGGGUCGAGGAGGAGGAACUAGCCGAGGAUGAUCUGGCAUUCAUAAGCCAAAGCCAGGGGAGCUCGUCUGAGGGGAGCGGAGAGGCCGCGGCCCGGUCCGCCUCUUCCCCCUCCUUGCUGCAGCCCGGCAACCUCUCCUCCAGCUCUUCCCGCCAGUCCCGCGAGCCGCACAACUCCCAAGAUCCAGACAGGCCUUUUCUGACAGAGGCCACAGGCCCAGUGACGGCGGAGGCCUCGGCGAUGACGUCGAGCUCUGGGGAGCUUGUGUCCCAGACCAACAGUGAGCCGAGCUCUGGGUCCCCCCGUGCCCACCGGGUCCCCUCUUCUCACAACUCCCCCACGGCCGCCGCUGUGGCAGCCUGCCCAUCUGCCUUCACCUUCUCCAGGCGUGUCGCUGCUGCGGCCUCCGGCUCGCACCCCCCAAAGCUCAGGCGGGUGAGAAUGACCGGGCGCCCAGUGGACAUCCCGCUCUUUGGUUUGCUGAAGAGCCGCAGCCUGGGCCGAGGGAACUAUGUAGGCCUGGCCCGAGGGAACUAUGUAGACCCCGCCCGAGACAACUUUCACAUGAUGACCAGGUUGUACAAAUCCAUCCACCCCGCAGACUUGCUGUACUUAAACACUGGCAGCCACGGCUCCAUCUUCAACUUGGAGUACUCCCCUGAUGGGUCAGUGUUAACAGUUGCUUGUGAACUGAGUGAAGUUCUUCUUUUUGACCCCAUAUCUUCAAAGCAUAUAAAAACGCUUUCUGAAGCUCAUAAUGACUCCGUAAAUAGUAUCAGGUUUCUGGAUAAUAGACUGUUUGCAACAUGCUCCGAUGACUGUACAGUAGCCCUUUGGGAUCUAAGAAAAUUAAACUCUAAAGUGUGCACUUUACAAGGUCAUUCUAGCUGGGUGAAGAACGUUGAGUAUGACGUUAAUAAAAGACUCUUAGUUUCAUCAGGAUUCGAUGGAAAUGUAAUCAUUUGGGACACUAACCGGUGCACAGAAGAUGGGUGCCCACACAAGACAUUCUUUCACACCCGUUUUCUUAUGCGGAUGAAGUUAACUCCAGACUGUUCCAAAAUGCUGAUUUCAACCUCUUCUGGUUAUCUUUUGAUUUUACAUGAUCUUGACUUGACAAAGUCUUUAAAUGUUGGAAGAUAUCCAAUUAUAAGGGCAGGAAGCACUGCAUGGAAUUCUGAUGCGAGUACUUCUGCAAGUUCAUCUACUUCUAGAGCUGCUGGUUCAUCUUCUCGUGAUGGGGAUUCUGGUUCAUUAUCUGAGCAACAUGUGUCACUUCCUAAUUGUCUUGAAAUUUUAAUACCAGAAGUUCCUCUCAGGAAGCGUAAUGGUAACUCCAUUACAUCUUUACAACUACAUCCUAAAAGUCGGGCUGCCCUUUUACGGUGUUCCAGUAAUACAGAUGAUCAGGAGUGGACCUGUGUCUAUGAAUUCCUAGAUGGGCCUCCAGUACGCUCUGUUUCACCUCGUUAUUCUCUCAGACUGACUCAUUAUAUUGAGGAAACGAAUGUUAGCAGUGGGUAUGUCAAAGAACUUUGUUUCAGCCCUGAUGGUCGACUGAUUUCUUCCCCACAUGGCUAUGGGAUCCGCUUAUUGGGAUUUGACACCCAGUGCCAUGAAUUUUUUCACUGCUUAUCCCCCAGAGCCAGGCCCUUGAAGGAAAUUCAUUCUCUUUACUCUCAUAAUGAUAUGGUUCUGACAACCAAGUUCUCCCCCACACAUUGUCAGAUUGCCUCAGGGUGCCUUAGUGGACUCGUGUCUUUGUAUCAGCCAAAGUUUUAGGCAAAACUCUCAUCAAAAAAGGAACUCUUUUGGUGUUCAACUUCUAAAUUACUUCUGUUCAGGUGAAAUAUUUUCCUUAGACAUCUUGUAAGUGGUUCAAGAUCCUCAUCCCUAGGGUCCAUGAACAUCCCAACAAUGACAUAGGGGUACUCAGUCUAACACUGGAUGUUUGAUACCGCAUCUCUAAGACAGACUGUGCAUUGUCUUUCUUCCUCGGCAUUCCUCUGCUCCUGCUGAUCCUGUGCCAUGGUUCCUCUGGUUGUGUUGCACAGUAGUCCUUGGAGGACUUUUCUCUAGGUGUGACUCUUGGUAGACAUUGGGCAGGAUUUUUGGUUCAGGAAGAUGGAAAGUGGUGCUACUCCUGAAUAAAACCUAGAACACUGAUGUUGGCAUAUUGGUUGUUACAAGCGAAAUUUUAUCUUGCAUAUUCAUUUGGCCCUUGUAAAUGGCCAUUAUUUCACUAUAAAGACUAAAUAAUGAAAAUGUUCUCAUAAGUAUCAGAUUAGAUUUUAUCAUAAUGACCUUUGAAGUUUAUUGAAACUACUAAUCUAGUUUUCACAACAUUGAGGGAUUUUGUUUAUUAUGAAAUAAUAGCCAAAUGUUGUUGUGUUUGUGUAAUUAGUUUCCUUUGUGUGAAGUUAAACUUCUAGUUUCCUUACUGUAUAUACUUGUUUUUAUUGACAGCUCUGAGAAGUGAAGAAAUGGACUUUUUCCUGUGGUGCAAAGAAAAGGUUCUGCUGGCUUAGCAGAAAGCAUUUAUUAUUGACUGAUGGGAAAAGCAUCAUUUAGAGACUUUUGUCAUCUUCUUUGCUGCAAUCUGUAUAGUGUAGUAGAAAUUGUUACAUUACCUGGGGCAGAUCAUUGAGUAAAAAUGCCCCCUCUUACUCUGCUUUCUUCCCUUAUUCCCAUGGGGAAAAACGUGUGUAAGAAUACUGUUUUUUUUUGAGAACACUUAAUUUGUUUCAUUAGUGUUAUAUUUGUUAAUUGAGAACACCAGCCCUGUUUCCAGGCUAAUUGUCUAGUUAUGAUAUUAUUUAUACUGUGUGUAUUGAAUGGAAUGUCACAUAAGAACAUAUACUGAAUAGGUUCCAUAUUUAAACCAGGGCUGGAAGUUGUUUUCCCCUUUUUUUUUUGGUUCCUUCCCUCCUUUUCUUCUUCUUCUUCUUUUUUUUUUUAUCAUGGGCUUGAAAUGCAUUGCCCUAUGAACAACAAUUGGGCCAUCCUCAAGAAAUGACAGUUAUACACAAGUUGCCAUGUCAAUGUAAAUAUCUUCCCAUCCUGCAUUAUAGCUAAGUAACUAGAAUUGAUACUUAUGUGUGUUAAAAUAAUACUUUAGUAGAUCUUUAUUUGUAGAACAUUUUUGAAGAGUUAGAUUAUAAAUAUAAGUAGUAGCUCCGGCCUAGCUGUCGGACCAGAGAAUACAUCUCCCAGCUAUGGCAGUAAAUUUAGAGUUACAAAAUAUGGAUAUAAUUAUACCAAAUUAAGGGAGUUGGAAAACCUGUUGAACCAAUCAUUCACAUGUACAAAUGUGCCUUGUUUAAGCCAGUAGAUGCAUUCCUCAUAUUUUGGGGGAAUUUCUGUCAACUCAAACAUUUCUCACUAAUUUGUAUUAUGUAAUUGGAAGAUGCUUUUCUGUACAAAAAUGUUGCCACAAGAAAUAAUAAAAACCACUUUUGUGCAUUGAAAAAAAAAGAACAUGGAGCAAACACGAAGGGCCAUAGGGUCUCAUCAAGUGGUAGAUAAAGAUAUUCAUGGGUUUGUGGGAUUCUGAGGUGGUCUUGGGCUAUUAAUAUUGAUCAUUGAACAAGGGACUGUAAGGUCUCAGCAGGAGGUAUAUUACAAGACUUCUGAGGUCUUGGGAUGCUGAAUGGUGACUCGAGUAAGAUGAAAACAUGAAGGAUCAUCAAGGGAUAGAGUGUCACUGGAUUUUGGGGUUCUCUGUUAGAUAUGGGGUAGUAGUGGUGUUCCAAGAAGCAGAAGAAAGCAUUCAGGGUCAUAGGGUCUCAUCAAGGUGCAGUUAACUAUGCUCAUGGUGUUGUGGGGGUUCUCAGUUUGUCAUAGGGAAAUAAUGAUCACCAAAGAAUUAGGCACCACAGUUUCUCAGCAGGGGGUAGAUAAAGAGCCCUUUAGGGUCAUGGGGUUUUCAGUUAAUCAUGGGUUAGUAAUGGUGGCCAAAGAACAAGGAGAAAACAUGAAGGACCAUUGGGUCUCAUGAAGUGUGUGUAUAUAUAUAUAU